GCGGUCUAUUUCCCCUUGAAGCGCAAAUCCCUCGGUCUUUAUCAGCUCCUGCAGCCCUUGGAGUCCUCAGUAUGCCUCUACGCUUUGCCACCAACAUGAGGCUCAAAUUGCCCAUCCUGGCCAUUGGCUUGGAACUGGCCAUGAUUAUUUUGUUUGGGAUAUUUGUCGAAUACGAUAAGGACCAAAGCAACGGCCUCCAGUCCAACCGCACCAGGGAAGGCAACCGGUUUCUUGUGCUCUACCCCUUGUUCCAAGAUGUGCACGUGAUGAUAUUCAUCGGGUUUGGCUUCCUCAUGACCUUCUUGAAGAAAUACGGAUUCAGCAGCGUGGGAUUCAACCUUCUGAUCGCUGCCUUGGGUCUCCAGUGGGGGACACUGAUGCAGGGGCUCUGGCACAAUGAGGGAAAAAAAUUCCACGUUGACAUCCUAACACUGAUAAACGCCGACUUCAGCACUGCCAGCGUUUUGAUAUCAUUCGGAGCCGUUUUAGGGAAAACAAGUCCAGUGCAGAUGCUGGUUAUGACGAUUAUGGAAAUCUUCGUGUUCACCAGCAAUGAACACCUCGUCAUAGAUAAACUGGAGGCUCAAGAUAUCGGGGCAUCAAUGAUCAUCCACGCCUUCGGUGCCUAUUUCGGUCUGGCGGUUGCAAUCGUUCUGUAUCGACCCAAUCUGAAAAGGAAGCAUGAAAACGAAGAGUCUGUGUAUCACUCUGACUUGUUCGCCAUGAUCGGUACCAUUUUCCUGUGGAUGUUCUGGCCCAGUUUUAACUCCGCCGUCGCUGAGCAAGGAGAAAGCCAGUACAGAGCAAUCGUGAACACUUACUUCUCUCUAGCGGCGUGUGUGCUUGUUGCCUAUGCCUUAUCAAGCCUUGUGGAUCGACGGGGCAAGCUCGAUAUGGUUCACAUUCAAAAUGCCACCCUGGCAGGAGGUGUAGCUGUGGGCACUUGUGCUGACAUGAAUAUUCACCCUUUCGGAGCCAUGUUAAUUGGCAGUAUUGCUGGCAUCGUCUCUGUUCUGGGAUUCAAGUUCCUGACGCCAAUUUUUGCAUCUAAACUGAGAAUCCAAGAUACCUGUGGUGUUCAUAAUUUACAUGGCUUACCAGGAAUCAUAGGGGGCAUUGCCAGCAUUGUGGCAGUAGCCCUGGAAGCUACGGACAGAACUACCGUAGCCACGCAGGCGUCGGCCUUGGGAACCUCCCUGGGGACAGCCAUCUUGGGAGGCCUGAUCACAGGACUCAUUCUCAAACUACCGAUUUGGGGUCAGCCACCUGACCAAAAUUGCUACGAUGAUGCCGUUUACUGGGAGGUCCCGGAGGUGGAAGAAUGUCACCAUCAUCCCCUCGACCACGGUGAUCACACCCUCGAACAUGAUGCUCCCACUCAGUUCCAGGGUGAAACCUAAAAACAAAUCCUGGUCGUCAGUCUCUGGGCCAGUGAAAUCACUCCAGAUUUAAGCUGCCAAGAACAAAACAUCUUCCAAAACUAAUUGCCAACAGGAGCACCCGUGGACAGACCCUGAGCCUCAGAAACCCAGUGGAAGAAUUUCACUCAGCCCUGCAGACUUCCGGCGAAUUUUCAUUUCUGCUUCUAACUGAAGCGAGGCAACCUGGACUGUGGAUUCUUCACAUGUCUGCCCAGGCCUUCAUGAAUUUUGGUGUAUACUGUUGUAUAAAUCCUGCUGGUGGCUGCCGUAGACCAACACCAGACAACACCAUCAGUAAGAAGGAUUGUUUUAGAAUUUAAACUUCACGAGGACAGGUCUUAUUUCCAAGUAUAUUCCCCCUUAGGUCCUGACAUGUGAUGGAGGCUCAGUGAAUUAAGUAAUUAGCUAAACCAAACAUCCAUAUAUGUACAUAGGCGACUGAUUUUGCAAAAAAAAAUAUUUUGGUCUGUGAAGAAAAGAUUUUGUAUUCUCUGCUAGUGCUAUAGUUUCUCGUGCCAAAUUUCCUUUGUAAUGAUUGUUUAUUAUUUUGCUUUGAUAAACGAAAUCCCUUUAGGGCAACCUAAGAAUUUUUUUUAUCGCAUGUUCACAUUUUGAAGUAUUGUGAUUUGAUUUAGGUCCAUUUUUAUAGAUUUUCAGAUAAUCAAUGAAACAAAAUAAAACUUUCAUUUUUUAGAUUUCUUUUAAAAUGUAAAAAAAAUUACUUGUUUAAAACAAUGAAGCCUGUGAGUAAAUUCCACUGACUUCAUCUGGGAAUAAAAAAUGAAAAACAAAGAG